AUGAAGACCCCUUUGAUUGUCCUUGCUUCUGGGCUGCUUACUGCACCCCCGCUCGGCUGUCAGAACGUCACGGCAUAUAACUGUGCCUGCAACCCCUUCACCUUCAACGGGUGCUUCAAGGAUCCCAAGAAGAAGGUCCUCCUCGCUGAUCAUCUCGCUUUCCUUGAGCGCGACCGGGACAACAGGCAUGAGAACUGUAGAGGACGUUGGGUUAGGCUGAAACAUGAGGCGGUUAAAAUGAUCGACGGGACUGGCUUUGGUGUAUGUUCGGGACAGGCCAGGUCGAUCACAAGCACGUGGCGAGAGUCCACUUCCGCCGAUGUACUACCUGGUUUCGCUGUCACUAUUGGCUCGUCGCAAAGUCAGGGGCCCGUAUACUACAUCUACGCUCCACUCUUAGGCAGAGGCUACUAG